UUGUGUCGUGGCGUCAUUAAAAAGACGGCAGCAGUCGGGGAGAUUUUCAAUGCUCGUAUUACGGAAAUUACGAUAAAGUAAAGUCGACGGUCAUGAAGUUUGUUGUAGUUGUGCUUAUUCUUCACUUUGUGGAGCAAAAUAUAGCAGCUGAAGCACUAGUUUGCCAGCCACAGCGCUCCUGCUUGGAAUGUUUGAAGAGCCCUGGAUGUGCCUGGUGCCAACAGCAGGCCUUCCUGAAACCAGAAGAGUCUGAUGAACGCAGAUGUGACUCUCUGAAGUCACUGAUUGACAGGAACUGUGCAAAAAGUAAUGUGAUUGAUCCCAGAGCAGAAACAAUCAGUAUGAAGGAUAACCAACUCAACAAUGACCUUGAAAAUGUGGUGCAACUCAGACCACAAAGCAUUAAAGUGAAGCUCAGAGUUGGUGUUCCACAUGAAUUCAAGGUGGAAUUUAAGAGAGCUGAAGGUUACCCCAUAGACCUAUACUAUCUGAUGGACCUCAGCUACUCCAUGAAAGAUGAUCUGGAGAGGAUCAAGAACCUGGGCCAGGACAUUCUAGACACCCUGCAGAAGGUCACCCAGACUGUCCGUAUUGGUUUUGGCUCAUUCGUAGACAAGGAGAAGUUGCCAUAUGUUAGUCAAGUUGGGCCUAGACGUCGGAACCCCUGUCCAAAUCGUAUAGACACCUGUCAGCCUGCCUUCACGUUCCAGAAUGUUCUGCCACUGACAAACAAUGCUCAGGAGUUCAAAAGAGAAGUCAGUAAGCAGAAAAUCUCUGGUAACUUGGAUUCACCUGAAGCUGGUCUAGAUGCCAUCAUGCAGGCCACUGUAUGCCAGAAAGAGAUCAAAUGGGGGAAUGUGACGCGGAUUCUGGUCUACACGUCUGAUGACACAUUCCACAUGGCAGGGGACGGGAGGCUUGCUGGCCUCUUCCAGCCUCAUGAUGGUCAGUGUCAUCUUAAGGAGGACGGCUCUUAUGAUGGCACAGCCUUCGAUUAUCCAUCAGUAGGCCAACUUUCAAGAAUUCUUCAAGGUAACAACAUCCAGCUGAUAUUUGCAGGUCAGAGAAAGAGCAUUCCAGCCUAUCAGGCACUGAGUGCCCUAAUUCCUCAGUCAGUGGUUGGUGUGCUGAAGGACGACUCUAGUAAUGUGGUCCAGCUGAUCUCUGAGGCCUAUUGGAACCUGUCAUCCACUCUGCUGCUGGAGCAGGAUCGUACGCCUCCUGGUCUACGUGUGUCCUACAUGUCAGACUGCAAAGAUGGUGCCUCCAGGAACUGGCAGCAAAGAGGAGAGUGUUCUGGCAUCGGGGUCAACAAGCAGGUUGACUUCACAGUGCGUCUGAAAGCUUCCGAAUGUCUCAAGGAGCCUGAGACGUUAAAGAUUCAAAUGCAAGGCAUCAGUGAAGUUCUGAAGGUCACCGUGGAGACGCUGUGUGACUGCAAAUGUGGUGCUGCAGAGGAGAACUCCCAACACUGUGGAGGAAACGGAAUACUCUCCUGUGGAGUCUGCAGCUGUAAUGAAGGCUACCUGGGCCAAAAAUGUGAAUGUAAGAGCAACACUGACUCCAACAACGAUAUGGCCUGUCGCCAAGACAACAGCUCGCAGGUGUGUAGUGGGCAUGGCAGCUGUAAGUGUGGCCAGUGUGUAUGCAUUGGGCACUUCUAUGGUAAAUUCUGCCAGUGUGAUGAUAGCAGCUGUGAGCGCCAUGACAACGAGAUGUGCAAUGGCCGAGGCAGUUGCAAAUGUGGAAAAUGUGUGUGCAAUGAUGAUUACAGAGGCUCUGCAUGUCAGUGUCCUACAAACACCGACAUGUGUCACAUGAAGAAUGAAGUGUUCUGUAGUGGUCAGGGGGAGUGUAAAUGUAACCGCUGUGUAUGCAAGGAGGGCUUCAUGGGAGAAGACUGCUCCUUGAUUACUGAUCCAUGUCCAAAAUAUCAGUCCUGUGUUAAAUGUGCUGUUGAGGCUAGGCUGCAAAAGGAAUCUUUUGACAUCUGCUCUGAGGAGUGUGGAUUAGUUGAGCUGUCCUGGCUAGACGGCUGUCAUGAACUGCAGUGUGUCUAUAGUGAUGUCAACUAUGAUGUUACACUGAAGCAGACUGGCAUAUUGAUUACGUAUGCCAACUGUACAUCUACCAUCGAUAAGACCACAGUUAUCAUCGGCACCUCUGUAUCUUUGAUCAUUCUGAUUGGCGUCGUCAUCAUUAUUGUGUAUAGAGUUCUGAUGGAGCUCUACGAUCGGCGAGAAUACCAAAACUUCCUCAAGGCCCAACAGGAAGCAGACUGGAACAUGACCCACAAUCCACUGUUCCAAGGUGCCACAACCACAACCGUUAACCCUUUGCAUAUACAAGAUGGUUAAGUUUGGAAAGAAGGAACUGGAGUAAGUUAAUGUAACCAAAAUGUUUGAAUGUAAAAUCUUGGAUACUAUGAAUGUAACAUGCAAACCCUGCCAUACCAUUAAUGUUUGUAUUUAUUUACAUUUUAUGGAUGUAAAUUAAAGUAAUUGUGAAUAUUUUAAACAUAAUGUUAAAAC